AUGGACAUUUUGCGCACUUCAGUGAGCUCGGUAAGGACAGAACGUGUAGUGGCUUCUGACUCUUUCAUGAAUUGUAACCAGACAUCGGCAAGCCUAAGAAUGUCUAGGUGAUUUGAGAAGGUUCCAUAAGCGGGGAGGAGGGCUCGGAGCCACGUUUCCCCAUUUGGUUUUGGCUGUGGGUGUGUCGUGGGAAUGGGGGAUCGCCUGUUUCUCAAGCGGCCGUCGGGUAGAACUAGGGUAACUCUGAACCCUGGGUGAAUGUGGCCGAGGUAACAGGACCCCUGCAUAUGAAUAGAGACCCACGUAUAAGCUCUUUGCGCACAGAUCCAAAAUAGUCCUCCCAGCGGCUUUUCUAUACGCCUGGUGCGGAAGGCAGUAAUGAGGUCUGGCAUAGGUUUUUCUCCAGUGAAGGGUGUCAGUACUGCAGUCAAAGCAUCGCUGAGAGAUUUGAAUGAGCGGGUGUGGGAGUGGUUGCGAACUAGUGUGGUGAGUCCCUCAGGGUCGGUUUUGAUGGUAACAUUACAAGCACUGGAGCCUACAUGGUCUCCAGUUCCCGAGAACCCCUUGCACACUGGUCCAAAGGUUCGACCACUCAGAUAAAUAUAUUGGGAGCUGGGUUUCAGGAAAGUUAGGUUGCGUUGAAGCAGGUAACUAGAUCUGUAUUGAUCUAGUGUGAGGGGUGUGCUUAUGAAUGUGUGACAUCAUCAAUGUGUGACAAGGUGCAAGGCAGAAACUACCCCUCCCAUUGUUAUUGGGCUAGAUCUCCUUUCAGCCCUGAUCACUGUCCAUGCUGGCUGGGGCUUGUGAGAAUUGAAGCCCCAUAACAUUUGAAGGGCACCCUAGUUGGUUCUCCCUGCUGUAGACAAUGCUGAGUUGAAGGGGUCCACAGCCUUGAUUCUGUAUAUUUAAGGCAACAUUUUAAAAUAAGGUGAACAUAGGAAGACUGUGACAGUUUAUGUUGUAGCUCUGAGACACCAUUCAACUGAUGUAUAAAUUGGGUUCUGGCUUCUGCAGCCCAACUCCCCAUGGGACUCUGAGUCCCCUAAGUCCAUGAUUGGUCAGAGAAGAAUGGAUGGAGGCAGGAUCCAGUGGAAAGCACGGCAGAUAUUUAUUUAUUUUUCUGUUGCAACAGAUUCCCUAUCCUUCCAAGGAGGGAGAGACCCUGAGAGACCCUCUGCAGGAAACUUUAAAGACUUUUGACAUUGCCCAAUUCAUUAAUCAAAGACCAUCCCAAAAUAAUCAUACAUACAUCAUCGAAGGCGGUCUACAGCAGAAAUCCUGUCUGCCAGGAUACCUGAUAGUGGUCACUGAUUGCAUUACCUGGGCAACCUGGACAUUUUUUGUGUGAUGGUUAAUACUUUAGUUCCUGAGUCCAGGUCACAGGCUCACCCUAUUCACACACAAAUACGCCCUUUAGACAGGAUUUGUAAGUGAAAGGGCAAUGGGAAGGCUUUCCCUAUUUGCCUCCCUUACUGUAGAGCAUGGGUAGGCAAACUAAGGCCUGGGGGCCAGAUCCGGCCCAAUCGCCUUCUAAAUAAGGCCCGCGGACGGUCUAGGAAUCAGCGUGUUUUAACAUGAGUAGAAUGUGCCCUUUUAUUUAAAAUGCAUCUCUGGGUUAUUUGUGGGACAUAGGAAUUCGUUCAUUUCCCCUCCAAAAAUAUAGUCCGGCCUCCCACAAGGUCUGAGGGACAGUGGACCAGCCCCCUGCUGAAAAAGUUUGCAGACCCCUGGUAGAGGAAGAUUUGAGGGAGUCAAAAUGGCUUCAGGAUUGCUCUCCCAUACUAUUUCACGACACAUGGUUUAUAUAUAUUUCGAUAUGUGUGUAUUUAUGAAUAUUUAUUCUAUAUUUGAGACCUUAGAAUUCUUAUAACACUGUGAAAGGUUGAAACUAAAGAAGGCGCCCGUGUGGGAAACUCUUUUGUUACUAGUUGUUUCCUCUUGCGAUCUUAACAGUUUGCACGGCAGGUAUGCAACUCAGCAGGGUGCAGAUUCCCAGCAAGUUAGGGGGGAAACUGCUCCAAUUGAAUUUCUGCCCCGUUGCUGCUGUGAAAAAAAAUGGCAUCCAAGCCUCUCGGCUAAAAGAAACCAGCAGCCUUUCAAUUGAAUUUUCACAACCCCAAGAAGACCUGUUUGAAAUUCACCAAUUUCUAGUCAGGCUCUCAAUUAGACAAGCUCCGCGAGAAACCAGCGGGGUCCUCGCGACAGAUUCCCACCCGGGGCUUCCGGUGACCUCCUUCCCCUUUACCGGAAGCUGCGCACUUUCUGCUGUGGUCGCUGUUCAGCGUAGCUCUUCGACUCCUCCCCUUCGUAGAAGGUAAGGUGCUCCCCGACAAUCGCGCCUCCAUCCGCCCUCGGUUGUGCCAUCCGCCCCAUAUCAGGGUGGAUAUCGUUUCUCCAGGCAUUUUUCUACCGAUGGUUCGUUUUUUGGGGGGCCGCUUGCCCGUCUGGACCUCCAAAAAUUGAGUCGGGAGUGGGCCGGGGGGGUGCCUUAUCCCCUGCCAUUGCAAUGCUAAGUAGUAGAAUUUAAGAUGGCGCCCUUUUUCUUUUGCGCGCUGCUCCCCGUGAGCUGUUCGUAAUCGGGAAACAUCCUCCUUGUGGCGUUAACUAGGCCUCCCAAGCGUGGUCCUUUGGAUAGAGAGACCCCUUGUGCCUUCCUUUUUAGCUCCGAAUUAGAAAUUAGAAAUACAGAGGGUUUUAAUUCUGGUGUGUCUACCCGCCCCCCCCUCCCCAUUUCCAAACGGCCUUUUCUCAAUAGCGCUCUGUACAUGAUGAGACGAUUAUGGGGUAAUUGUGGGGAGGGGGAAAUUGCAUCUAGAGAAGAGACGGGUGGGAUCCCUUUCCUCACAUAACGGGGUUUUGAGAUGCAGCCACAAACGUGCCCCUUGCUGGGGGAUUCAUUCAUGCAGUUCGUGCGGGUUUGCAGAUUAAAUAUUCUAGGGGCCUUCCCCCCCCAUGUUUGCUAUCUGGGGAGGGUGCAGGUUUAGGUGGUCUGAUCUUCACUGGGUGUAAUGAGAUGGGUUGCAAUGGAACAGAUUAAAAUGCAGAGCAAUGAAUGGCAAGUGAGGCAGGAGAUCCAGCUAUUUUUCUUUAAGAUUACAUUUUGGACCAAAAGGGAGCUAUAUGCAUGGAUUGUUUUGGGAGUAUGAUUUUAGCGCAGUUUGCCAUACUUGUACUCGGAAGCUGCAACUCUCCCCAUAACUUUUUUUGGUUAAUCCUUUGUAUGGUUUGAACAGGGCCAAGCGGGUGUACUGUAAUAUCUUUAGGGAUCGUACCCACGUGGAGUGUAUUCUCCUGGCGCUACAGGAGAACACUAAAUUGCUGUUGCAGGAGAGGGUUUCUCUGGGAAUUUACAGUGCUGAAAUGCAGAGGUUUUCUUUUUCUAUUUUUAAGGUGGAUUUUGUAGGAUAAAAGAAGAAAAAGCUGCUGUUGUGCAGGAAAGGCGUGAGGAAAGAGUCAACAAGAAAUUCCAUAAAAAAAAAAACCAACACCACCCAUUCUGACUCAGUGCUGGUGAGUGAGAUUUAUCUAGGAGGUUUUUUAGGUGGCUGUUCUUGAAUCUCUUCUUGCUUGGUGCUGCAACUGUGCGUCAGGCAGCACCUCAGGAAUGGGACUCCUCUUAGGAGUUGUAAAUUUCAGUUUCCUGGUGCCAUUCUCUUAUCUUUUGUGCUGUAGGUGGUGUGGUAUAUGAUACUUGGAUCUGAGAAUCCCAGAAUCUUAGAAAGCUCCUGCAUGGAUUUGGAAGUGGGGAAUUGUGGAUGUGUGUCUGGCUCCCUCAUUUUCUUUGCCCCCCCCCCCUUAGAGGUGAAGUGAGGAUGCUCAUCUUUAGCAGCAUGUGUUUUCAGGGUGCCCAACUUGCCUGUUAUGAGCAUAAAUGUAAAGCUACAAAGCCAUCCGCAUGGAGGCAUGUUUUCAUGGGCUUAGGUGAUGAGGAGGGAUUGAUUGGGGUAACUAGCUUUUCAGGGCAUAGUGAGCUUAGGAUUGUUGCUGUCCAAAUGCAACGCAUGCAACUUUUAGGGGGUCCUGCUUGCACCCCUUAUAUAACUUUUCCAAAAUCUGCCAGAGGAAUAGCCAUAUUGCUCUGUUGCAGAAAUAGCAAGAAAGUAUACUGUCAUGGCACCAUAAACACUGGUAAAUUAAGUAUGCCAUGGGUAUUUGUGGUAUAUGAAAACGUAUCAGUAAUUUUUAUGCAUGUCAUAAAAGUUGGGGAUGGGAUGUGUCACCCUCCGGGUGUUGCUAGACAACAACUCCCAUCAUCCCUGACCCUUGGCCAUCCGUCUUGGAGCUGAUGGAAAGUGGAGUCUCGGCAACAUUUGGAGAUCUGCAGAGUCCCUGUAGCUGACUUAUGUGCUGCUCAGAGGGUUUGCCUUUCUUCUCUAGUACUUCAUGCAUGUUCUUUAUGAACAAUCUGGCCCUAAAAAAGGAGGCUCAUGUUAAGUAAAAUCAUAUGAGGCCCUUGUGAGUCUUAUCCUCAUUCCCUUUAGAAUGCAAAUUAUUCUAGUUGUGACGGACCAAAGUGCUUUUCUAAGAGAUUCUGAUUUAAUGUGGUAUAAGACUAGAGCUAUAUGCAUCAUUAGCUAUUUUUAAAAAAUAAAAUCUCGGAGGUAAGGUGUUAUCCACAGUGUCCUGCGAAAACUGAAAUAUUCUGGUUUCUAAAUGUUGCCUUUUUCUUGUUUUAAGAGCAACAGUGAUAAAAGGGGCAGAUAAAAAUACUUGCAUACGUGCAGCUGUAAUAAUAAUAUAGGAAAAGAUGGUGGCAAAGCAACAGACAAGUGUACAGCAUGAAUCUUUAAAUUUUUGAUGUCAGGUUUCUGCCCAUUUAUUAUUUUGUGUAGAGAACAUCCUUUCUGCCCUGUGCAGGCAGCAGAAUGAUCUACAUAACCAAUGGAAGAACAUUGUAAUCUUCCAGGACACAUUGCUGCUGACCUAAAAGUUGAAUUACUCAGCAAAGAAACUUCAAAGGGGGACUUUGCUCUGAACCUGUAAAUCUGGAUGUAUUUGUUGAGGCCUGAAGCGAGACAAGGGCUUCCUCAAACAAUACAGGCGUUAAUUAACAUAAGCUUUAAGUAGGAAGGUUGUGCUUUCACUAACCAAGAUAUUGUGAAUGAUAACUGCACUUGCUUACGUUCAGUCGUUAUAAUUGUUUGGCCGUACUAUUUACGCAAUUUUAUGCUAAGUCUUCCUUUUGUUUUUUAGAGAGAGAGGCAUCACCAUGACUGAGAACGAUGUUGACAAUGAACUUCUGGAUUACGAAGAUGAUGAGGUGGAAAACCAGGCAGCUGGAGAUGGGGUGGACGUCCCAACUAAGAAAGAUGUCAAGGGGUCCUAUGUCUCCAUCCACAGUUCUGGCUUCCGGGAUUUCCUGUUAAAACCAGAGCUGCUGCGUGCCAUUGUUGAUUGUGGCUUUGAACACCCCUCUGAAGGUGAGCCCGGGUGCCUUGUCUGCUGGGGAUAUUUCGGAAAGUUAGCAAAGGAGGGCUGAAUGUAAGUGCUUCUGAAAUCCCUGACCUGCCAGGAGGCAUUCAUUGUACUUUUUCAUAUUCUCCAUGCAGUGCAACACGAGUGUAUCCCACAGGCCAUCUUGGGCAUGGAUGUCCUGUGCCAGGCCAAAUCUGGCAUGGGCAAGACUGCCGUCUUCGUUCUUGCCACACUACAGCAGUUGGAGCCAGUCACUGGUCAGGUAUGUUUCAGAAAGGAAAGCAGUUUUUCAAGAUGGUGGAUGGGUGCUGAGGAGGGAGCCUGAUAAUCUGCCAGCUUAAACAGACCUGAAUGAGAGCCUGCUAGAGUGACGGAAGUAACCAGCAGGGGCUUCUUAUAACGUACUUCCUCCUUCCUUCACAGGUGUCGGUGCUGGUGAUGUGUCACACCCGUGAGUUGGCCUUCCAGAUCAGCAAGGAGUAUGAGCGCUUCUCCAAGUACAUGCCCAGUGUCAAGGUGAGAGCCAAGGGGCUGCCACAGCUGUUGUCCCUGCUCAAGUCCAUGUACAGUGGUACCUCGGGUUACAUACGCUUCAGGUUACAGACCCUGCUGACCCAGAAAUACUACCUCGGGUUAAGAACUUUGCUUCAGGAUGAGAACACAAAUCGUGCUCUGGCGGCGCGGCAUCAGCAGGAGGCCCCAUUAGCUAAAGUGGUGCUUCAGGUUAAGAACAGUAUCAGGUUAAGAACGGACCUCCGGAACGAAUUAAGUACUUAACCCGAGGUACCACUGUACAGUGUUUUGCCUGCAUGGUAGUGAACAGUAGAAAAUAUACCUAAGAGAACGGUGGGAGAGGUUUGGACGAUUUCAUGGCUUUGGGGAUGAAACUAACACUGGAGGCAGUUUCCGUCAGUUACUUAUUUGACAGAGAUUGCAUCCUGCUUUGAUUUAUUUUUACCCAUUUCUGCACCCUUGGGGCGUUUGUCUCUCCUGGCUGCCAGCCUUUAUUUGAGAGUUCUCUCUCUCUCCCUCCCUCCCAGGUGGCGGUGUUCUUUGGGGGCCUGUCCAUCAAGAAGGACGAAGAGGUGCUGAAGAAGAACUGCCCCCACAUUGUGGUGGGGACCCCGGGCCGCAUCCUGGCCUUGGCCCGCAACAAGAGCCUCAACCUCAAGCACAUCAAGCACUUCAUCCUGGACGAAUGUGACAAGAUGCUUGAGCAGCUUGGUGAGGGGCUGUGUGCAUGUGAUCCGUGGGGGUUGGGCUUAGUAGUUGGGACAGCAAGGAAGGUAAUGCUUGGGUCAGCCGAGUGUCCAUGCUUUUGACUUCUUAGAAGCUGUGUUUUCCAGAACAAGAGGAAGAAUGCUAACUUUCUGAGCACGUUGGGUUAGAUCCAGGGCUGUUCCUUUUUGUGGAAGGGGCUGUUAUUUCAGUGGAGGCUCCUGCUGAAGGAAGCUGGGGAAGUGCUUUUGCUAAUGCUUCCACUACUGCUCUGUAGGGAGGGAGGACUGCUGGGGGAAGGGGGAAUCUCUGCAAACUGUCUUGCCUCCCCCUUCUUCCAGCAAAGCAUUGUGUGAGUGUAACGCUACAGAGUGCAAGUCAGGAGCCAAUCCAGAGAAUGUACAAACAGCAUCAGAUACAGAUUAUACAGAUUAUAUCACAUACAGAUUUACGAUACAAAUCGUAAAGCAGUAGUACAGUUAUUGGCCAGCUGAAGCAACAGAAGAUAGACAGGCAGACAGUAACGUAUGGGCAUAUACCCCUUAAAAAGUUGCCCAUACUCUUAUCAUGAAUACUCAGUCCUCUGGAAAAAAGCACCAUAAGAGCUAUUAAGUGUUUGUGAGAAUAACUUCCUUACGUGGAUAUGAUCUGGCAGUGGAGGAGAGGAGACCUAUUGGGUUUCUGGGGUGGCACAUUCCUGGAGAGAGCCAUUUCUAACCGUCUGGUCCUUUUCUUCCUCGCAGAUAUGCGCCGGGACGUCCAGGAGAUCUUCCGCAUGACCCCGCACGAAAAGCAGGUCAUGAUGUUCAGUGCCACACUCAGCAAGGAAAUCCGCCCUGUGUGCCGCAAAUUCAUGCAAGACGUAAUUAAACCCCUUCUACCUUCUUUAUCCACCUGGCCGGCCGGCCAGCCUCCCUUCCUCCCUGUCCAGGGAAGGAGCAGGGGGCCAGAGCUUAGACCGCCACCACUGCCUACAGCACCCGGGGCUGCACCGCUGCCGCCCACCGGCUACCCCAGUCCCCCUAAGGCACUUGUAGGGCACAUACCUUCCGGAAGAUCAUUCGGGUUACGCUAGCCAGCCGCAUAUUUGCACACACGAACGAGAGGCCUCUCCCAAAAGGGCUAGAGAGCACCCACACACCAUGAUCAUCCUCUGCCCAGCUGGCACACACGACCUAGAGAGUGUCCACGUUAGCGAUGGAGGGGAUCCAUUCCAGAAGGAUCCUCUUCCCGCCUCCACACUUGGCGGGUGGCGCAGAAUACACGGCGCCCCCCUGCUCUUUAUCCUGUAUUCCCUGCACUCCCUUCAGCGUGGGAUCCACCUGCUGGUCAGCACCGUGUUCCGAAGAUCCUGGCCCACACACACCCACGUUCAGAAGAUCCUGGCCCCCUCACACCCAGGCAAGUGUAGUUUUCUUGGCUCCUCACCCCCAUGCAUUGCGCUCGGGUACACACGCACCGGCAGCACGCACGCACACAAUCCUGCCCUCCUUGCCCUGUCCUGCCCUGCCCACUCACUGGCUGGCACUCUGGAGACCUGCGGCGAAGGACUCCCCGAGGGAUCCAAGGGACCGGCAGCAGCCAGUGGAACAGACGUGCCUGGCGACCUGGAGGAGAAGUUUUAUCCUUUUUUUGUUCUGAACUGGGAAAAGCGUGCUGUUUUAUUUUCUAUUACCCCUUUCUUCUCUGUCCCCACCCCCACCCCUGUGCCAUGUGGGAAAGGGAUUGUCUUGAGGGUCCUCACUGCUGGGGGAGAGGGAAGUAAACUGCUUCCCCUGCAAAAAAAGAGCUGUCAAAUCAUGGCUGGACGUAGCGGCUGUCCGAAUGCCAAAUUAAUCCUGAAAUUAAUAGGAUUUGUGAGGCAGAUAGUGGGUCUGUGGGGUCAGGUGGAAAGAUGAGUUUCUGGAAGGGAAUGGGCCAUGUGGAAUCUGCUUCCCAUGUGUACUUUGCUGACCCUUGAUUCCAAGCACCAGAGUUUGGGUAACUAGAUAGUUGGAAAUUGCAGGGGAUGUGGUACAUGACUGGACCCGGAGCCCCUGUUUGCUAUUAGGAAGAAGCCUGUGAGGGAUGCGCAAGGCCAGAAUGGUUUAGGGGGUUGAAAUUGCUCAACAUGCACUGACUUCUUUCCUGUGCUGUUGCUUUUCCUUUUUUUUAACACUGUGGGGAUUGGGAGGAAAUCGUAAAGGAAGGCAUUUGAGUCUUGUGUUUCAUUUCAUACCCUGCCUAAUCUUGAAAGUGGCUAACGUUUUAGUGCUUUAUAAAGGAGGAGAAUCUUAAGAGGUGGCAGUGUUAGCCUUUCCCCCAGAAUGCUUUGCAGGGAAUGUUCAUUGCUGAGCCGGGAGAAGCAUCUCACAGGAUCCUUCGGAUGGAAGCUUUUGGCUUCUUAAGACUUACUGAAAGCGGAAGGGAGGGUGGGGUGUCCCUUCAUUUUUCUGAUCUUUCCUAAGGGAACGUAGGGCCGUGGGCGUGUAUGCGGCGAGGGAAGCUGUUCCUGUGCCCGUUUUGUGCUUCUUGUCCACCCCGACCCACCCCCUCCCUCCGAGCCCAGGUCAGCCUUGCCCUGGUCUAACCGGCCCUGGGUUUGCUCCUCAGCCCAUGGAGAUCUUCGUGGAUGACGAGACCAAGCUGACGCUGCAUGGUCUGCAGCAGUACUAUGUCAAACUGAAAGACAACGAGAAGAACCGCAAGCUCUUUGACCUGCUUGAUGUGCUGGAGUUCAACCAGGUGCCUUCUGGAAGUAGACCCUGCCCCAGGGUCAGGGUUUCUCGCAAUGUGGGAGGGACCAGAAUUUGAAAUGUCCAGUCCACAUUUAAAGAUUAAGAGGGUUGACUUGGUAGAAUGUGGGGAGCCUGCUUCCGAUCCUUUUCCUGGCUAGAUGCUUGAUCUGAGUCUCACAGGCUGAAAUUAAAAGCUUAAUGUUGUCCCGCAUGACGACCACAAAGCGACCCGCCUUGGGGAUAACCUGACGGUGGAGAAGUUGGGCUCUGCCUUCAUGGCUUCCUAUGAGUGCAGGCUCCAUGCCCGCUCCGACCAUUUUCGAGGGGGGACUUGGCAGGAGGCGUGCGCUGAACAUAAACCAACAUCCCUUCGCUAUCAAGGGGCAGCUGUGAAUAGAUGUAGGAGUGACACGUCGCUUUCCCAUCUAGGUGGUGAUCUUCGUGAAGUCCGUGCAGCGCUGCAUCGCGCUGGCUCAGCUGCUAGUGGAGCAGAACUUCCCGGCCAUCGCCAUUCACAGGGGUAUGCCCCAGGAGGAGAGGUGAGAAGGACACAGAACCGUGACACGGGGUUGCUGGUCGAGAUGCAGGUGGCUCAUUUGCUGUGAUGAGUUUGCUUCAGACUAGAGUCUCUGACUCUUUCGGUGAUGCUUUUCUAAGCUCUGAGCAAUGGUCACUGUGCUACGUUGCUGAGACAUAGAUAAAAGUUCCUCCUCUUGUAGUUUGUUGGCAGGAGAUGAUGUUUAACGAGUGGGGUCCGGGACAAGAAAACACUUAAUAAUGCGAAUCAUCUGGGUAAAGUUGAUGCAGACAUCCACUUUCUUGGCAUCUGAAUCAUCUUUGGGAUGGGGUGGGUACAGAGAAACAUUUUCUUGCGCUUGACAUUUUGGAGCUGGGAGACCAAUCCUUACAUUUAGCAAGAUGCUCGUUUGGGUCAAUGUGAUCUUACACGCCUAGUCAUGGGAGGGGUUAGCGGACAAAAUUUUUCAUAGGCUGAUUAGGAGCUGAAAGUCUAGUUCGUAACCAGGGAAUGUGAGCCUUUUAAGGACAGUCGCGUCUGGUGGGUUAAAACAUAGGCUGUGUGGGAGUUGUGUUUUCUGUACGGUGGCUGUCUUACUGCUUGGUUGGCUUCCUCCUCUCAGUCACUCCAGAAGGCAGGACUGUUUACAUUAAGCAAGCAGCAAGUCCUCUGUGAGAGAGCAUCCUCUUUCAGUUGUUUGUCCUGCCUGCUCCAGGAGAGAGGUGGAAGCAUAGCUCAUGUUUGGCGUAGGCCAUUUGUGUGCGUCUUUGUCUGGUUUUUUUGCCUCCUAUUUGAAAGGGUAGUUUUGUCUGGUAUGGUAGAACAAAGGGGUGGGAGUUGUCUUUCUGGUGUUCUACUAAGAGGUGGGGUUUCUAGGGGGCCUAGAGAUAUUAAUCACUUUAUUUUCUUGGCCUCGCAGGUUGUCUCGAUACCAGCAAUUCAAAGAUUUCCAGCGCCGUAUCUUGGUGGCCACCAAUCUCUUUGGUCGUGGCAUGGACAUUGAGCGGGUCAACAUUGCUUUCAAUUAUGAUAUGCCAGAGGAUUCGGACACCUAUCUGCACCGGGUGAGUGUGGGGCUAGCGAGAAAGUAGAUUCCAAACCUCAGCUUUGAGGCCCAAGUUCGAAAGGAUAGAAAAGUCCAAGGUGAUGUUGCGCUGAUGAGUUUGCUCAGACUAGAGUCUCUGACUUGUUUUGAUGUCUCUUCAAGCCCUGAGCAACACCCGUGGUAAAGGUGGGUUUUUACGUGUCCCGGUGCCUCUUGCUUUCAGUACUUUACCUUGGAGAGAACAGCCUCCUUUUGGAGAAGUACAGUGGUACCUCAGGUUACAUACGCUUCAGGUUACAGACUCCGCUAACCCAGAAAUGGUAUCUCGGGUUAAGAACUUUGCUUCAGGAUGAGAACGGAAAUCGUGCUCCGGCAGCAGCAGGAGGCCCCAUUAGCUAAAGUGGUGCUUCAGUUUAAGAACAGUUUCAUGUCGGAGCCAGCCGUUACAAAUGGCGCAAUUUAGCAUAAAAUAAAGACACAGAGAGCCAGCAAUAUUUUCAUGAUGGUAUGAGCAGCUCCUUUCGAACUUCCCUCUCCUCCUGCAGCUUUUUUAUUAUCCUUUUUUCCUCUCCAGCCGCAUGGCCGUUUGCCAAUGUCUCACAUUACCUCAUCCGGUCAAGGCUUUUAUUGCCCCCAUCACCAUAUAGGGUCAUCACUGCCCAGAGGAAACACAACUCCAAUACAUUCCAAUACAUUGUAAAGCUCAGAGUGCUGGUCAGCCGAGGUCAGGGGGCACCCUGCAAUAUUACAAGCCUUUACCGUGGCUUUAUGACUCCCACAGUUUCAGGUUAAGAACGGACCUCCAGAACGAAUUAAGUACUUAACCCAAGGUACCAGUGUACCGGGAAAUACUUCCACAGGCACUUGGGCCCAUCUUCUCCUUUGUGGCUUCCGCAGGUGGCUCGUGCUGGGCGCUUUGGCACGAAGGGUCUGGCGAUAACUUUUGUGUCGGAUGAGAAUGAUGCGAAGAUCCUGAAUGAAGUGCAGGACCGCUUCGAGGUGAACAUCAGCGAGCUCCCUGAUGAGAUUGACAUCUCUUCCUACAGUAAGUGCAGCCUGAGACCUUUGAUGGCGGUUGGAAUGAGGAGGGGAGAUUUAGACUGCUGGAAGAGCUUGUUAUUGGAGGUAUAAAUUGACUGAAUGCUGGGAAGCUGCUUUAUGCCAUUAGUCCAUUUAGCUUAGUAUUGUCCACACCUAUUGGCUGCAUUUUUCAGGCAUAGGCCAUUUCCAACCAUGUACAUGCCAGGCAUUGAACCUUUGAGCCAGGUGCUUUUAUGUUCUGAGGGCUCUCCACUUCAAUCUAAAUUUGAGGAAUUGGAUGAGCCGUAUGAGAGGGCAAGGAACACUUGGAAGAAAAAAUGUCCUAUGAACUGAUCUUCUGGAAGUCACUGUGAACAGACCACUGGCUCAGUGGGAGUUGCUAUUUGCCAUGUGGAAUUGGGGAGGGAAGUACUUAGUUUGGUAAAGGAGGACACUUUUCUGCAGAAGACUUUUGAAAGAUGCUGGAAAGAUUUUUCAGAAACAUUAGAAUUGCAUGGGCAGCCUAAGCUUGUUUGCUGUGUUCCGUCUAACGUGCUUUGUCUCUUUCAGUUGAACAGACCCGAUAA